UGCGCCGCCCGCGCGGCCGCGUAGGGGCUGACGGGGGUUGUUGUGGAGCGGAGGGGAAGCACGUGAAGAGCGCAACGUCAUCAUAAACACUCGUAGACAACAUGGCGGCGCCUCCGAGCGGCAAGGUUAUAUAUGAGCAAGAAGGAGUUUUCAUUCAUUCAUCCUGCGGAAAAAAUGAUGACCAGGACAGCUUAAUAUCAGGAGUACUACGUGUCAUAGAAAAGGAAAACGAAGUAAUAGUAGACUGGAGACCACUGGCUGAUACUUUGGAUGCUUCUAAUAUUCUGUGUGCUGGGAAGGAUUCCAGUUCUGUUGUGGAGUGGACUCAGACUCCUAAAGAAAAAUGCUCCCGAGGAGCAGACCGUCCAAUUAGUUAUGAAGCAGAAUGGGACAUGGUCACCACAGUCUCUUUUAAAAAGAAACCUCAUUCAAAUGGAGAUGCUACAACUCAUGCAAAUGGAGAAAGCAAGUGGUCGUUCCUGUUCAGUUUGACAGAUCUGAAAUCAAUCAAACGAAACAAAGAAGGCAUGGGAUGGUCUUAUUUGGUGUUCUGUCUGAAGGAUGAUGUGAAGCUUCCAGCUCUUCACUUUCAUCAUGGAGAUAGCAAACUAUUGAUUAAAUGCCUUGAAAAGCACGUUGUGCUGAAUGAAUCUCCACAGGAUAAACGGAUUCUUCUCGUGAAUUCUCAGAACAAGUCUCUGUCUCAGUCUUUUGAAAAUCUCUUUGAUGAAUCAUCAUAUGGCUUAUUACAAAAAUUGAAGAAAGAUCCGUACACAGUAACAAUGGGAAGAUUUUCCAAAGUCACAAACUAUAUUUUUGACAGUUUCCGCUUAAGUGACCCUUCAAGUCAAAGGCGACCACCAUCAGAAAUGGCAGACUUUCUCAAUGAUGCUAUUCCAGGGUUGAAGAUAAAUCAGCAGGAAGAACCAGGAUUUGAAGUCAUUACACGAAUUGAUCUAGGAAAACAGCCUGAAGUUAGUAGAAGAGAGCCUGUGUCGGCUGAAGAAUGGGCUAAGAAUAUGGAUUCUGAAGGAAGAAUUUUAAAUGUCGACUACAUAAAGCAGUUGAUAUUCAAAGGGGGUCUCUGCCACACUUUAAGAAAAGAGGCAUGGAAAUUUCUUUUGGGGUAUUUUCCUUGGAAUAGCACUAAAGAAGAGAGAGCAAAUCUGCAAAAAAGGAAAACGGACGAAUAUUUCAGGAUGAAACUGCAGUGGAAAUCUGUCAGUGAGGAACAGGAAAAACGAAAUUCAAGAUUAAGAGAUUACCGGAGUCUUAUAGAAAAAGAUGUAAACAGGACAGAUCGAACAAAUAAAUUUUACGAAGGUGAAGAUAAUCCAGGAUUGAUUUUACUUCAUGACAUUUUGAUGACCUAUUGCAUGUAUGACUUUGACUUAGGUUAUGUCCAGGGGAUGAGCGACUUGCUUUCACCUCUCUUGUAUGUUAUGGAGAAUGAAGUAGAUGCCUUUUGGUGCUUUGUAUCAUACAUGGAUCAAAUGCAUCAGAAUUUUGAAGAACAGAUGCAGGGUAUGAAGACACAACUAAUUCAGCUGAGUACUUUGCUUCGUUUACUAGACAGUGGAUUUUGCAGUUAUUUAGAAUCUCAAGACUCGGGCUACCUUUAUUUUUGCUUCCGAUGGCUUCUUAUCAGAUUUAAAAGGGAAUUUAGCUUUCAAGAUAUUCUUCGACUCUGGGAGGUCAUGUGGACGGAAUUGCCUUGCCAGAAUUUUCAUCUUCUUCUUUGUUGUGCUAUCUUAGAAUCUGAAAAACAGCAAAUAAUGGACAAGCACUAUGGCUUUAAUGAAAUAUUAAAGCAUAUCAAUGAACUGUCUAUGAAAAUUGAUGUGGAAUAUAUACUCUGCAAAGCAGAAGCAAUUUCUAUGCAGAUGAUGAAUUGCAAGGAAUUGCCUCAAGCAGUUAGUGAGAUCCUGGGAAUAGAAAGCAGUUCUGCAACACCAGAUUCAGAUACUGGAGAGGAUGAAAGUGGAGCUGUGUUGAGUUGUCCUACGUCAUUAUACCAGAGCGUCUCAACACCUGUAAUUGCUGCCAAUGGAACAAGAGACAGCACUCAACAGAUGUCUGAGACGCAGAGCUUGACACCUGCGUAAUUACAGUUGGUUAAAUUGAUGACAGACUUUUACUGAGCACGUUUUUUUCAAGCACUUGAGAGAUGGAUAUUUAAAUUUGGUGUUGAUUAAGCUUUAAGGUUGGAAAGAAAAUCUGUACUGUAAUGCUCUUGCAUUAAAGCUUUACAACAUGA